AUGAAUAUAAACUCUUUUGAUUCUCCGUUUCCGGUCCCUGUAUAUGGCAAGCCGUUUCGUGCCGCCAGAGAAUACCUUGAAACUGCUAAGCGGCUAGAGGCAUACUUACAAUACUUCGCAAGUGAAGGGCUUCCGGACAAGGUUAGCUUUCCGAUAUUUUACGAUCCCGGGUAUAUUAUACGCCACUUCGAUGCUAUUUAUCUUAAAGAAAAACCCCUUAAAUAUAACUAG